AUGCUGACGGUUGACGCUUCAGUCAUUGCCGGAUUACGAUGUUUGCUCUUCUCGAGAUCACCAGUCUCCGGAUCAAUCUAUCCACCAUCUCGAACUUCCAACACCAUGGACACCGCUUCUCUCUCACCGAGUAACAGCUCGAUCGAUUCCUCGGGCCCUCCUCCAACAGGAUCGCCGCCGCCCGGAGACGCUUUUCUCAUCAGCCUCACCGUCAACCUCCCCAACCCAGAGGACGAAUACUUUCUCAUCGACCUCUACGACUUCGCAGCCAACAAAGCCGGCGACACCCUCGUCGCCCGCGUCAACCAUCCCGAGACGCCUGCGUUCGUCACCCGCCAGGCCCCCGCGGUCGAAAAAAUCGUGCUCAUUUUCCAACUCGACGACGACGAAGAGGCUCGAGCGACGCGGAGCGUGGACGUUGAGAUGUGUCUUCGAGCGCUUCUGCCUUUUGUAGGCCGCUACAAGUUCGGGAUACGCUGUCGAAUCGGCGGGGACGAUGAUUUUGCCCCGGAUCGACGGGAGCUUGCCGAUGCGGUGUUGGGAGAGUUCGUGGGCAUGGCGCUAUGUGGACCUGGGCGGGAGAAUGCGGCGACGGUUGUGCGGGAUGUGGGCGAGGUGUGGAAGGAAGGGGUGGAUUUCAAGGUUGUCAGUUUUUCGGAGGUUGAGUUGCCGCGGGACUCUGAGGAUGGGAGGAUGCCUAUGGGCUCGCUUAUCUGA